UUUAAAAUGUUCAGACAAUUUUGUCAUAUAGUGAUAGGAUUAGUGUUUGUUGAAACUUAUUUGUGUGGGGAUCAGUUUGAAUGGGACAGCAUAAUUGACGAGUCAAAUACAUAUUGUUUACAAAAUCGGAUAUUGUAUAAAAAUGAUGAAAAUAAUCCAUGUCAUAAUAUAUACACUGAUUUUUGUGGCACUAUACAAUGUGAGCCUAUCUUUGACUGUGAUGUCGAGGCCAGUAAUGGUAAAAAAGCUAUUGUGGAGAACAUAACGGGACACGGAUGUUGUCCCGCUUGUGUUACUUAUUUAGAUGAGGAGGAACUGUGUGAUGUGAGUUCACUAUCAGUUAGAUGUAGAAAUGGUUUGGAUUGCGACCCAUCCUCUGGACAAUGCGUUGUUCCCACUAAUAAAUUAUCGGAAAGACUAUGUCUUAAAGAGUAUAACAAUAAGAAAAAGGCAGCGGAAUUGAGGGCAACAUUUUAUAUUAAAAAUGAUUUAAAUCCUAAAAAUGAUUUGAAUUAUCCGAUAAUUUUUUACGACAGUAUAGAACUACCCGAUUGUGACGAUAAUACCGGUCAGUAUAAGUUGAAACAGUGUAGGGAUGAAAAAUGUUUUUGUGUCAAUCCAAUUGACGGAAAGCCUACAUUUGGUUUAUCAUUGCGAUCGUCAGCCGAAAACAUUACGUGUCAGUGCGCACAACAUUUUUAUGAAAAGUUUACUUAUGAUCCCAGCCGUAACAAACAAUAUGAUGUAGAUCUGGCUAAUUUGGAGCAUUGGUCACAAAUACACUCCAAGUGCGACCACACCGGCAACUAUGAGGCCUUGCAAUGUAUUAACCAAACGUGCUUUUGUGUUGACGAAAAAACGGGUCGACCAUUAGCAUCCAAGACAUCCAUGUAUGGAGCACUGUCAUCAUUGCCUUGUUACGACGAACAAAAGUUUAAAAAAUUGAAUACAAAAGAAGCCGACGCUAACUAUCAGAAUAGUUGUGAACAAUAUAUCAUUAAAACACAGGCACUUUCACUGGAGUUCCUCAAAAAGGGUGCAGAGCUUAACAAUAUGGGUGAUUCAACCUGCACUUUUGAUGGGUCAUACAAACCCACACAAUGCAAACCAGCCACUUGUAAGUGUGUUAAUCCAAAGGACGGUACGAUUUUUGGUCCAUACAAUUUAGACAGAAAUACUAGACCUGAGUCCGAUAUGGAGUGUCGGUGCGCUUUACAAACAUUUUACCAACGUUCAGAUUAUCAACAAUAUAAUGAACUGGAAUGCGAUGCUAUGGGAAAUUUCAAAGCAUACCAGUGCUCUAAAAACGCCCUGGGUCAAUCUAAAUGCCACUGUGCUGAUAGUAAUGGCGCACGAAUUAGUGAAGAUAUUUCAACCAAAUGUUUGGAUAAAUUUAUGGAUGAAAAACAAAUCAAAAUAGACAAAGAAACCAUUUGUCAGACAUUGAGAUGGAUUAUCAUUGAACAAGUCAUCAGUGAUGACAAUAUGUACUUCCAAUACGAUUCAAAAGAUAAUGGACAUCAUUAUAACCCAAUUAACAAACCAUCAAAUAUUAUUGAUGAA